AUGUCUCCUUGUGCUUCACACGAUUUAAGGAUUCAAAUCUCGGAAGUUGUUGCAACAAACACAUUGAUAGUUGCUAACCUUGAUCGUGACACUUUUCUCCAUGAAAAUAUUGCUAAACUUCAGGAUCUCCUAGAACUACACGGAAAAAUUUAUAAAUUUGUACCAAUCAAGUCACUAAAUCGCAUUCUUGCCAUUUUUUAUCAACCCAAUGAUGCAGCAAAGGCAAAGACAUAUUGUGAUAGACUGGAAUUCUUGACUAAAAAUAUUCGUAUAUAUUAUGGGCAGCAUACUCCCAUAUAUGAUGAAAUCGAUAAUUCAAGACAUCUUUGUGUGCCGGAAAUAGAAAAAAAUUGGCUCAUAUCUCCACCAGGUUCACCACCAUUUGGAUGGAUUCCAAUUAAAGAAGACCGUCCUAAUUCUAAUACUUUAUCUCAUGAUUUAGCCCAUGCUCUAGCACACGUCUCUUUAGACUCCGAAAUCCAAGAAUUUUCUUUAGACAAUACAAAUCAAGAUAGAACUAUAUUGACUGUUGUCCCAUGUGAUUCUGAUUCUCAUCAGAAUGAUGUCAACGUUCCUCUCAUUCUAAUUCAGGAUUGGGAUGAUUCAGAUACCAAAGAGACAGAGAGAAAUUUACAAAAAACGAAAGCACAAUUAUGUCCUUUGAUGCAACGUCCAUCUACUCCGACUCCUAGACCCCCGCUUCUUUUUUCGUAG